AUGGAUGCCUGUGCCCGUAUCCGAGGAGUUCCUCUCAGGACCAGAGCCUCCAUCAGGAAAGAGACGGUGCGUGACAGCGGGCCUCAGUGUGUGAAGAGCCUUCUGAGGAGCAGGAAGGAGCUGUGCAGCAUGGGACUGGAGCUACAGACCAGAGACACACCACGCCUGACUGAGAUCAAUUUUGUGUGUUUGCCUGGCCUCUCUGAAGGGGAGGAUCUAACUCUACAGGCCCUGUCGUCUCUCUCAGGGGACCUGGCGGAGCUCCUGAGGUCUCCCCACGUUACCAGCCUGAGGAACGAAGAGGUGCUGCUGCUGAAGGACAGCAGGAAACCAGCCGACAGGAGGGACUCUACAACACAGCAGUGCUCGCUAAAGGCGGUGUGUGUUGUAAGGCACAGCUCCAGCCCCAGUCAGCCCAUUGUUGGUGUGUUGGUGGGCCUGCUGGGGCGUUAUGCUGCGGGGGUCCGUUAUGCCCUGGAGCUCCAGGCCCUCCACAGGGGCACGGCAGAACCCUGCCAGCCCGAGGACGAUGACACCAACCAGUCUGUGUCUUCCAUCGAAGAUGACUUUGUCACCGCUCUGGAACACCUAGAGGAGGAGGCCACCGGAGAGAAUAACAACGCCGAUGACUCUUAUCUCCAUGGAAACCAGCGUGAUGUGGCCUCCCAGACAGUCCCUGCCCACAAGAGAGACAAGGACCUAUCAGGCUCCAGGAUCAUAAUCAGCUCUGCCCACAGGAUGUCUUCAACCAAUCGUAGGUCUCCUCCAGAGGUGUCCGUUACCGUACAGUGCUCCAGAAGGGCAGAGUCCCAGUGGACCCUCUGCAGCCCUAGAGCCCGGCUCCCCUCCCCCACACGUCCCGUCAGCGAAUCAGAGGAGUCGGACGGCUCCAGCCCUAGUCCAAUCAUCUUCCUAGAUGAGGUUGGCUACCAGAAAAGUCUCAAAGCGACACUGGACAUCCCUCAGAUCCCCGGGGGGCCGACGGACAGGGUGGAGGACUCUGACUCUGAGGUCAGCGAGUUCUUCGACAGCUUUGACCAGUUUGACGACCUAGACGAGCUGAGCUCAGAGAGCUGUACACUCACCCUGCCUUUAGACCCGACUUCCUCUGUUAUCAUUACCGGCCCAGACCAGAAGAAGAAGUACUCUGGUACUGGCAAGUCAGGGUCCAAGAAAGUGUCCCGAAGCUGUUCCACCAUGAACCCCCACCGGUUCGACCAGCGCACCCUCCCUGCGAAUGUGAAGAAGCCCACCCCGCUCAGAAGCCCCCUUCCCCUUGGCUCUCCGUAUGGAUCCCCUGACUCCCCCCGGCCGGCCCGGACCUCCUGUGAGGAAGGUGGAGGUCCUCUGUUCAGCCCCGUUAGCUCCUCAGCCUUCAGCCCACUCGGAGAUGGAGCACUGGAUUACUUCUGGAAGACCGAGGGAGAUGGAGGAGAUGAGUCAGAGCUAAAGAAACCCCAGGACCUGUGUUCACUCUACAAGACUUACUCAGACUUUGCCAGCAGUCUGUCCAAGGAGAUCCUGGGCUCCGUGUGUGGAUACCAGUCUCCUGUGGACCUCAACGACAACAAGAAUCUGAGCUGUGUCUGUCACAAGGAGUUCCAGAACCAGUCUGGACACGUCAUGAAGCUGUCUGAGAUCCAGGAGACGGUGACUGUCUCCAAGCUGCAACAGAAGCCCCAGUCUCUGAAGGACGGCAUCCAGAGGUUUGCCACAGACUUGGUAGAGAUGAGUCUGGGCAGCGCUCUGAGAGACCUGCAGAAGGGAGUGUCCUCUUGCACCACCACCCUAUGCCACCUGGCCGCCAAACUCACCACAUCUGUCUUCCAGAUGGCCUUCCAAGAGAUUGGCAUGCGCCGCGCCUACGUCCUGAAGGAACGGGCCAUCAACGGGCUGGCUGGGUUCCUGGUGGGAGAGGCAGUGUCGGGCGCUCUGAAGGACUUCCUGACGGUGAAGAAGCAGAUGUUCAACAGCACCGUGACUCAGUUUGCCGCCGACCUUGCGGAGGAGCUGGUGUUUGAGGGGAUGAUGGAAGUGUGUCAGUUCUCCCACCCCUCCACCCCCCUCACCCCCAGUGACUGGUCCUUCAGCGUGGGGGAGGAGGACGAUGAGGAGGUGGUGUCCUCCUAUGCCUCAGACCUCUCUGAGUCUGUCCUCCAGGAGGCCUUCAUCGAACUGUCCCAGGCUGACGUGGCCUUCACCACCCAAGCAGCCAUCAGUGUCUCUCUGGACAACAUAUUCUACGUCAGCACUGACGAAACACACACUACCUGCAGUACCGCUGCUGACCACCAGGCUAACCCUGCCGAGGAAGGCCCAGGUCCAUCAGGGGAGGAUGGCUGUACUGUGAAGAAGGCUCUGUUCUGUGUGUCUGGGAUGGCCAGCUGUGUACCUGUCCCCCAGGCAGGCCAGGCCAUCUCCCUCUUACACGACUCAGAAGACAUCUGCCAGUGUAAGACCAGCCUGGCCCACACCUCCCAGACUAGCCCUAAGAGGAGCUGCAGCUCAGAGAGCAGAAUGGUGACCACAGCCGCCUCUGAUGCUACUGCUACCACACAGACUGACCUGCUGCCAAAGACCCCCUUUCACAACUUCUCUGGCAACAUGGUGGAUAUGAUAGUGAGUGAAGCGUGUGAGCUGAUGACUGCCACAAAGAUGAAGAAGAAGGUGGAGGACUGUGCUGACUUCCUUUCUAAAGCCAUUGUUGGUCGGGGACCUCCAUCCGGACAGGAGGGUACUGUCACUGACCAGACCUCCCACUCCUCUCUCCACCCUCAUUCUCAGAAACCAGGGAGAGUGACCUGUGAGUCAGGCUCCAGGACCAGCAGAGCUGUCUCAGAGACCCGGCCUGUGAUGAUGAAGGACACUCUAGAGAUUCCAGGGUUUGAGAUGGACGGCCGGGAAGGCAGGAAGAUGGCCUCCGGUGAGGAGAUGGUUCCCAGCACUGGUUGCAAGUCCAGCGGGACCCCUGGUACGCCCCCCUCCACCCCCCAGCAUCCCAACAAGAUGUCCCAGGAGAAGCAGAUCAAGCAGUUCUCCAAGAAGCUGAAAGGCAAACUGGCCAAGGAGUUCUCUCCCGCCACCCCUCCUCCCACCCCACACUACCAGCCAGGGCCUGAGCCCAAAGAGUCUCCCUCUGAGAUGGACAAGGCUGACUUCAUGCUCAAACUGAUGAGGUCUCUGUCUGAGGAGGCAGACGGGAACGAGGAAGAGGAGGGUGGAGUAGAAGGGCUUAACUCUGGAACCGAGACAGGAAACCGUCCGCAGCCAGAACUCAACCUAUUGGUUGGAGGACACAAGAUGGCCGACAAGGGAGCCCUCCAUUACGCAGAGCGCCUGGCGUGCCACAUUGUCUCCAUGGCGACAGAGAUGGACACUCUGGGAGGAGUGGAGGAUGGAGGUAGGAGGACGGUGGAGGAGAGAAGAGACAGCGUGGCCCAGUUCUCGGAGCAGACCCUGAACACGCUGUGGAUCUACGCUGGCGAGGUGGCGGGAGAGGUGAUCAGUGACGUGAAGAGGAUAAUGGGGUCAGGACAGUGUCGUCAAAGAGCAGUCAAACGAGCCAGCCAGGACUGGUCAGGGGAAUGCCCUCACCACCACAACCAACUCCAGCCCAGUGAACACAGCAGGGGCUGCAGAGUGGGUCAUCUGGCUGAACAGUGGUCUGGUGACCUCUCCUCUGUCCUCCACCCGUCAACUUCCACCUCUACUGCCAGCUCUGGCCUGUCCUCUGACUAUCCCAGCUGUGAAAGUGUGACAGAUGAGUACGCUGGCUACCUAAUCAGGGUGCUGAAGAAAGAGGGAGGCAGCAGGGAGCUGGUCCUGGAUCAGUAUGCCAGCCGUCUGGCCUACCGCUCCAUUAAACUGGGCCUGGCCCAUGCUGCCCGCAACAUGAAGAAGAGACCCUCCUCCUCCAGGCACCACUCCUCCAGAAGGCUCCACCAGGAUGGCUGCAGGGGGCCCAAUGCUGAGCCGUCUGUACCCAGGGACGAAGCAGGGAGAGUGGGAUCUCCUUCCAGCGACUCUGAUGAUGGGAGCCAGAGGGAGUACAUGGAGCUGGUGAACUUCGCAGAGUCGUUGGCGUACAGCAUCACCUGUGACGUCACACGCAAACUCUGUGUGUCGUCAAACCGACUACCCAAGUCCCUGACUGACUCGUGUCUGUAUCAGAAAUUCAAGCUGGAGGACAUGGCAGAGAACCUGAUCAGGAACUCCUUUUCAUGCCCCCUGCUGGCCAACGAGGGAAAGAACAGGCAGUACCACAGCACAGGCUGCCUGGACGACGGAGGAUACAACAGUGGAGUCAUGCAGGUCAUGGAGCACUAUGCCAGGAAGAUAGUGGACGACACACUGGAGAUGGGCCUAGCCUCGGCCGGACACCCAGCCCAACAGGGUCCAGACAGACACUCCCACUCUGAGAGGCCGUCUGAGGGGGGAGCAGUGGGCUCUGUGCUGGGGGAGACAGCCUGCCGAUACUGCCAGGUCAUCGAGUGUCCGUUCUGCUCGUGGCCUAGCAGGCAGUACAUCCUUGGGGCAGGAGCAGGCCAGAGGAGGAGGCCGGACGGGGAGGUGGGGGUGUGUGGCCUGGAGAUCCCUGAGAUUUACAUCGAUCUGGACCGCAGGGCAGUGUUCGCAGAGGAGAUCGUCACUACGGCGAUGGAGGGGGCGAAACGAGAGCUGAGCAACACCAGCCUGAACGCUGACAGCGGGAUCGGACACGACGGGCCAAGCUUUGCCGAGAGUCUGACCGCAGAGAUCAUGACGUCCGCGCUGUCCAACGCAUGCCAGACUGCCAACCUCAGCUCUCCAGGCAGGGAGGCCACAGAGUCCACGGUGUCCCAGCAGCUCAGUCUGAGUGUGGGAGAUGACAGUCUGGGCAGCUGGUCCAACCUCAGCUUUGAGGACGAGCACCCCGACGAGACCAGCAGCUUCCUGCACCUCAGCAGCAAUGGGAACAGCAGUAGUUGGAGCAGCCUGGGGUUAGAGGGAGAGAUGUAUGAGGAGCACCUGUCCUUCUCUCCUUCCGACAGCGACUGCACUGAGGACAAGGAGCUUGAGACCAAGGAUGAAUCCUGCGGUUCUGUGCGUGUGGACCGGGGCCAGGCUCAUAGGCUCCUCCUGGUGGUCAACUCGGAGCUCAGGGAGAUGACCCCUGACCCACAGCACAUGACCUUUGACCCCCAGCUCAGGAGCAUGCUGCAGUGGGCGGCGGCCUCCAUUGCAGACCUGCCAAUGGUUCAGCUGGGUCAUAGUGGCAGCUGGGACCUGCAGCAGCUGCCUGCGGUGGUCCAGAGGGUGAAGGAGAGGGAGUGGAGGGUGGGAGAGCUGCUCCAAGCCCUGCUGCGCUACUGUGAGGAAACCUUCACCCCACCCCAGUCUGAACCCAGAGAGGAGACACCCCAGGCGGGGAAAGCACUCCACCACACUCCCCUCUUCCAGUGGCUCCUGGAGCACGCCUAGGCUGACUGCACUUACCUAGGCUGACUGCACCUCACCUCUCGCUCCUCUCCCCUUCCUCCUCACCUCCCCUUCCUCCUUCUCUCCUCUCCCUCCUCACCUCUCCCCUCUCUCCUCUCCCCUCCCUCCUCACCUCUCCCUCCUCUCCUCUUCUCUCUCCUCACCCCCACGUGACUUACUGUACAGUAUCUGUGAAGCCUGCCACAUAGUGAGCACUACCUGGCCAUGUUAAACUAAACCCUAUGAAGAUUCUCAUCACUCUUCAGUGAUGUGCAGCGUACCUGCCAAACCCCAAAUCUAGGGCAUAUUGCAUGCCGUGACUGAAAGUAAUUGUGUGUUUUCUUCUCUUUGGUUUUGUUGUGGUUCUUUUGUGUUUAAUAUUAGGCUGCAUGUCACAUGCGUUGACUAGUGUGCUAUCGUUGACUAGUGUGCUAUCGUUGACUAGUGUGCUAUCGUUGACUAGUGUGCUAUCGUUGACUAGUGUGCUAUCGUUGACUAGUGUGCUAUCGUUGACUAGUGUGCUAUCGUUGACUAGUGUGCUAUCGUUGACUAGUGUGCUAUCGUUGACUAGUGUGCUAUCGUUGACUAGUGUGCUAUCGUUGACUAGUGUGCUAUCGUUGACUAGUGUGCUAUCGUUGACUAGUGUGCUAUCGUUGACUAGUGUGCUAUCGUUGACGACUGCCUUUCUGCUAAAGCCCUCUCGCCCUCUGACACCGUCAUCGCACACAGCCACUCUUUCUCACAUCAUCUGGUGUGGGCCGAGGGAAUCUGACCCCCGCAACUUCCAUCUCCUACCCCAACACAGAAACACUCCUGCUGUGAAUUCACUUUAAGGGUGGUGAGGCUGGGCAUUUCCACCAGCUGCCCCAGGCCUCUGCCUCCUUCUAGAUGAUACUACAACAUGAUGAAAUGUUUGAGUGAGUGGCCCCAUAUCCUGUUAGGGUUAACAGUAGAGUUAGUCAGUCAGUCAACCACAGCAGCGAACAUUCACACAGGCCCAAAAUAAAUCUCUGGUGUUAUUGUGACACUGUGAUUGCUUGUAUUAUGAAGGGAAUUUCAGACAAUGUGAAAUGAUGUGGAUAUUGACCAUACUGUGGCUUCUCUACACUGUAAUAUACAUGGCCUGUCUGCGCAUGUUGAACUGGUGAGUUUGCAUGGCUGUUCUGCUUCUGACAUCCCUGGACAAACGGACUGAGAACUUAACACUCACUAUUGUGUUAUGGAACUUCCCAGGAAUGCAUUAGCAGGCCUUUGUGCUGUGAUCCAUUACAGUCACUUACAAUGUAAUAAACAACAUGUACGUACUCCUCAUGGUUACAUGCACUGUACUAUAGCUAGUUCUGCACUGUACUAUAGCUAUAGCUAGUUCUGCACUGUGCUAUAGCUAGUUCUGCACUGUACUAUAGCUAGUUCUGCACUGUACUAUAGCUAUAGCUAGUUCUGCACUGUGCUAUAGCUAGUUCUGCACUGUACUAUAGCUAGUUCUGCACUGUACUAUAGCUGUACCAUCAGCAGAGCCUAUUUCAGUGUUUACCAUGGCCUGAUCCUCAUGCUCUUCAUCACUUGAAUAUUAUUAUAUUGAGAUGCCUGUCAGUGAAUGAGCCCUAAUGACACUUCAGCUGUGCAAUAGCCCCAGUUAGAACUGCCUGACAGCACAGCUGUAGACUCCACAUUGUCAAACUCCCUUACAGCACAGCUGUAGACUCCACGUUGUCAAACUGCCCUUACAGCACAGCUGUAGACUCCACGUUGUCAAACUCCCUUACAGCACAGCUGUAGACUCCACGUUGUCAAACUGCCUGACAGCACAGCUGUAGACUCCACGCUGUCAAACUGCCUGACAGCACAGCUGUAGACUCCACGCUGUCAAACUGCCUGACAGCACAGCUGUAGACUCCACAUUGUCAAACUGCUUGACAGCACAGCUGUAGACUCCACAUUGUCAAACUGCUUGACAGCACAGCUGUAGACUCCACAUUGUCAAACUGCUUGACAGCACAGCUGUAGACUCCACGUUGUCAAACUGCCUGACAGCACAGCUGUAGACUCCACGUUGUCAAACUGCUUGACAGCACAGCUGUAGACU